UAUAUGCUUUGCGCGGGUCGAUCACAUCUUCUCCUUCGAUCGUCUCUCACUACUACCACCAGACACACAAGUCUCAACACUUUGAAACCCGUCCGCUACAACUUUCCAAGAACCAUGUCGACCGUCACCAAGGACCCCACUGCCCAGCAGGCCGCUGGUAACGCCCAGGGACUGACCCCUCAGCAGAAGAUUGAGGGUCUCCAGGAGAUUGUCAAGCAGGUCGGCAACGCCAUGCUCACUUCUCGCUCCCCCGACGGCAAGCUGGCCUCUCGCGCUAUGCACCCUGCCACGACUGAGGGUCUCGUCUUCUCCUUCUACCAGAACUCUGACUCCGGCAAGACCGACGAUAUCGAGUCUGACCCGAACGUCAACGUCUCCUUCAUCGACCCCAAGACGGGCGACUGGGUCUCCGUCUCCGGCAAGGCCGUCAUCAACAAGGACCAGUCCAAGAUCAAGCGCCACUGGUCGCAGACGCUCCAGGCGUGGUUCGACGACAAGAAGGAUGGCGUCCACACUGGCAAGGAGGACGACCCGCGUGUCUGCCUGCUCGAUGUUCACCCUGAGGAGAUCAGGUACUUUGCCACUAGCGGCAGGUUGGCCUUCCUCAAGGAUGUUGCCAAGGCUACAUUCAGUGGCGGUGUCGCGAGCCCGGGGCAGCUGGUCAUCGUUACCAACGACGAGAUUCAGCUGGCAAGCAAGGUGCACAAGCAGCAGACGUAAGAGCAUGCGAGAGCUGUUGAGAAGGCGUGCGGAGCCUCGAUAGCAAUGAAACGAAUUGAAUCGAAUCUGUAGACAGAGAAAGUCCA